AUGACCAAAGAGUACACGGCAAUUUACUCGCCAGAGGCCAAAUCGGCGCCCAAGAACAAGAAGAAAGCCGCGGUUCGCGCGAUCAGAGACCAGGACAAUGUGGAGAUAUCUGCUGGAGAUGUGGUUCUUCUAAAAGACGAUCCAGAUGUGGAAGGCAAGGAGUUUGCAUUGAUCCAGGGUCUCAAGCACGGUGAUCAGGGACUGGAGGCCAAGUGUGUCUUGAUGAAACUGUUCAACGACGCUGAGGCUCUCACUCCUAAGCAUGUGAUCCCCAAUACAAACAAGAACAGGUACUCCAAGGGUCAAGAGUUGGUUAUGAUGAACUCCAUUGUGGAUGUUCUUGUGGAGGAGCUGCAUCUCCCUGUCAAUUGUUAUUCGUUUGCUGAAUUCGAGGCUCUCUCACGAGAAGACAAGAAGGGAGACAAUGUCUACUUUUGCAGAUAUGUGUUUGACAACGAUGCCAACAAGACGUCUGUGGAGUUUGACUGGCAAGAUAUCACCAAGGACAUGUGUGGAUUUAUUGACAUUCUUUACGAACUCAUCACAGACAAGCCUCGAAAGCGAAGAGCAGCAGUUAAGGCUUCCAGACAGAGGAGUAGACAUGCCCGAGAUGAAGACGAGUCCGAUUUCGAACUUGAGGAAGAGGAGGAAGAAGAGGAAGAGGACGAUAUCGAGGAUAUUGACGAGGACGACGAAUACGACAGUCCUGUAGAACAGGUCAAAAAGGCUCGAACCCCAAAGUCUGCCAAAAAGAACACAAAAAAGGCACCAGCAACUACACCACGAAAACGAGCAUUGGAAGACCUCGAUCUACCGCAACCCGACCAUAACACGACCCCAAUGACCACGCCAAAAAAGAAACGAAAGACGGAAAAUGGCCAUGGACUGGCUACCCCCAAACGAAUGUUUUAUAAACAGGCCCUGUCCGACGCCACUUUACCCUAUAAAACUGCAGAUCUUUCACCUUCGAAACUGUCGCCCCAUCAGUCAGCAAGAGCCAAACUUCACGUGGCCGCAGUACCCGACACGCUUCCCUGCCGAGAAACGGAGUUCUCCAACGUUUAUCUCGGCAUCGAAAGUGCCAUCAGAUCAGGCUCGGGAACCUGUAUCUUUGUGUCUGGAACUCCGGGAUCUGGCAAGACAGCCACUGUGAGAGAGGUGGUGUCUCAGCUGCAGAUUCGAGUGGAGGACAACGAGAUUCCCGACUUUCUGUUCGUAGAGCUCAAUGGUAUGAAACUGACCAACCCCCAUACAACCUACGAGCUUCUGUGGGAGCAACUAUCAGGUGAACGUCUGGCCUACAACAAUGCCAUCAAGCUGCUGGAACACCGGUUUCAGCAAAAGAGCAACGACACGCCUCUUGUUGUGGUUCUCGAUGAACUGGACCAGCUGGUGACUCUCAAUCAGUCCGUCAUGUACAACUUUUUCAACUGGCCCACCCUGCCGCACUCCAAACUCAUUGUGGUGGCCAUUGCAAACACCAUGGACCUGCCCGAACGAACGCUGUCAAAUAAAAUCUCUUCCCGACUGGGACUCACACGGAUCCAGUUUCCUGGUUACACGCAUGAGCAGCUCAAACUUAUCAUUGAGUCGCGACUAGGUGACAUUGCGGAGUCCUCAGGAACAGUUGUGCGUCCUGACGCUAUCGAGUUUGCCUCCAGAAAGAUUGCCUCUGUGUCUGGAGACGCUAGACGAGCGCUAGAUCUGUGUAGACGCGCUGUGGAGAUUGCCGAGUUGGACUCCGAAGAGGUGCAGAUCAAACACAUUCAGCAGGCUGCCAACGAAGCAACCUCCACGCCCAUCUACAACUACCUUCAGGGUCUCCCUUUGGCUUUCAAAAUCUUCCUGUGUGCUCUUCUGGCUCGAAAACGACGUAACGGUCUGCCCUCAGACUCCUUGGGGGACAUUAUUGAGGAGAUUGAACGAAUGAUCAAGAGCAGUGAAAACGCUGGUUUUCUGUCGCAUAUUCUACUACAGGGAGGUAAGAGGGUGCGAAUGGCGGGUUUCAUGAAUGCCGUAACCGAGCUGGUAGAGGCUGGUAUUAUCAUUCAACAGAGCAUCAAAGGAGAGAGAUCUGCUCAGGUGAGACUCACAAUUGGAGUAGAGGAGAUUACCAGUGCCCUUAAGAACGAUGACGACGUUAAGGGUAUGCUAUAA